UUGUCACGGAACUGCUAGUUGCCCUAGUUAUGUAAAGAUUGCCUCAUGCCAUGCUUGUGGGAUGUCAGCAAAAACCUCUUUUUGCUGGCAUUACGGAAGCUUAGGUGGGGGGCAGUGCGGACUGACGAAAGGGGCAGUCGGUACUAACUAGGGACAGGGAGAAGGAAAAAAGUGAGAGAAGUGAAGUGACGCACCGUACCCCCUAAGGAUGGAAUUUGUAAUGCUGUUCGCUAUCUUACUAAUCAGUCAAAAUUCUUGCGUUGGAGGACAAAUAGAAGUGUCGGCAGGAGCAUUCUGGAGGCCCCUUGUGGAGACUUUGAAUUACGAGGCAACCAUACCAAUAAAGUAUACAAUGGCGUGGUUCAAACCACAAACAAACAGUACGGGCACAUCAAAACAAUGUAGUGGCGAUCACAAUUGCGAGCUGGCGACCGCUAUGCACCAGUUAAUGGAAGCGGUUGACGGCGAGCUGGAACCACAAGAGUCGGAAGAAGGAUGGCAGCUUUUUGAAGAUCAACAGCACAGAGAAAAACGCAGCCUGGAUUUUCUAGGAGAGGGACUGGCUUGGUGUUGCGGCGUUGCAACACAACACAAACUAGACUCGCUGCACAUGGAAGAAAGGGAUUUACAGAAAAAACUUCGACAAUUGGAGGGGGGCCUAUCUGAAAAUAUCAAAACGCUAAGUCAAAAUUCUGUGGAAUUUAAAAAAUAUACAGAUCAGGUCGGGGAGGCUUUUAAAUCCACGGAGAGGAGGAUUAAAGAAAUGGAAAAAUCCAUCACAAAUUUUAGGAACAAGACGAAUGAAUGGGAAGGAUUUUUCGGUACUUUAAUAGAAAAUCAAUUUCAGAAUACUAGACGUAUCGUAACAAUGUGGCGCGCGUUGGAACAAAGGGACGUAAAACUGUCAUGUCGACAACACCAAAUACCAGAAAAGGUGUUGCGGCCCCAACUUUUUCAAGCGAACUUAAUGGAACUUCAAAAGGAAUUAAUCAAAGCAGGUCACGAUUUAGCUAUUGCUGUCACGGAUAUACACAGGUAUUAUCAGUUACCAAUAACAGAUUGUGUAAUUUCAGGUAAUAACAUAACACUGGUAGUACGAGUGCCCAUCGUACAACAGGGCAUUAGGUGGAGUUUGUUUGAGCUCAUAACUGCACCCUUCAGUUGGUACAAUCAGAGUUGCAGAAUAGAGUACAGCACCUUGUUUUUGGCGGUGGCAGAAGCUCCCUACACUAGACACCGGAGGCACAAUUUGUACCGACAAACUUCUGGUUUGGGGUUGCAUCAGUGCAGGCCGCACUCCGACAAACUGUGCUUUCUUCCUCGAUUCGGAGAGGAUAAACUUCAUGGGCCUACGUGUGCACGAAAAUUAUAUGAAGGUGCGACAGUGGAGGAAUUAAGUUAUCACUGCCCCAUGAAAUGUCACGCAUCGACAUCGCUUACCAUCACAGAAGUCGAGGAGGAUUUAUUUAUAAUAACAAAUUUAAAGGUAGGCGCUUAUAUAAGUUGUCCCAGCAGUAAUAAAACCCUAACUGAAUUCGGAAGCUUAUUGGGCGCGUUAAAAAUAAAACUUCACUGCCAGUGUGCACUUGUUUACCUGCAUGAUGUAAUAAUACCUAGACGUUUUCCCUGCUUAGAUACUAUCCCUCGCAUCCACGUAAAUCACAUAAUUCCAGCAGCGUGGUCGAAUCUAAAAUCUUUCAUUCUUAACCCCAUUCAUACCCACUCGUUACCAUCAUAUAACAACUUUUCGGAAUGUAUUAAUCCAAAUUGGUCAUUGACUAUUCCGCAUUUAAAUUUAACCUCCCCGAAUAAACUUCUCCAAAAUUUUGUCGCAAAUAUUCCAGAAUCACCACAAAUUUUUUCUUUUGCGGACAGUUAUGGUGUACAUACAUCCGCUACUUUAGUUGUUUGGAAUCUAAUCUUAACUGUUUUAUUAAUAUAUAUAUUUUGGAAAUCCAACCACCCAGCGAUAGCCUCCCCCAACCAACCAUGUAACCCUACCACCUCCCUUCUACUACAAGGGGGGGAAGCCGUUAGGAUAACUGUAGAUGACGCGUCGUAAAUUAUAUAUAUUAUCACCUUGUGGAUCUUGUCUUAAUAUUUGGACUCUCGAUUAAAAAGAUCGUUAGACAAAUGCUGAGGCAAUAUCUGUGCAGGUCGAUUGAAGCCUGCAGGCAUAUAUGUAUUACCCAUAUAUAGGUUAUAUGUAGAUAAUAAGUAGUUGUCCACUGUUUUAUAUUUUAGAUCGGAGAUUGAACAUAGAUUUAGAAAGUUAUUUAGAUAUUGUGUACUGGCUUCGCUUUAUCUAUUUUGUAGGAGUAUAAGGUAAUUCUAAUGAAUGAAUUUUUUUUAUGUUCUGGAACCGGGUCUGGCAACGGGAGACACCUACCAUACAUAAA